AUGGAGUGGUUCAAGUACUCCAACCUGGCCUUCGCCGUUCCGUCCAUCAUCCACAGCUCCCUGCUCUUUCGCUUCUGGACCAAGGCGAAAUACGGCUUCGACGUGCAGCACGCCAUGGUUGUGCAGUCGUACGCCUACCUGAUGGCUAUCAAGGACCGCCUGCUGGGCAUCGAGCUGAUGUGGGCCGCGUCCGGCGAUAGAAAGGCCCACAAGGGCAACAAGUACUGCAACAUGCGCAUUCUGUGCUGGGUGUGGACCAUCGUCACCCUCGGUGGCGUCAUGGCAGCCGUUACCUACUACUGGCUGCUGAGUGGGUUUCCGUGGUACCAAACCAUCCCUCUGCUUGUGCUCAACAUGUACAACCUCUACAUUGCCCACUACUUUCUCUUCUGUUCGUGGCGGUGGUAG